CUGUGAUUGGUCAAUCUCUUGUGUAUCACGAUUAGGAAUAUUUAGGGAAUAACACGUGACUCAAAUAGCAGCCAAUCCAUCUCCUGCUUUCCCAGAAAAGCGGGAAAUGAUUCGCUGCAUGCAGUUGUGAUUGCAUUAAAAAGUGGAGGAGAACUUGGUACGUUGUAUUCUGAAGAAAAGGACAAUAGAGGAGAAGGACAAUAAAGAAGAAGAAAGUAAAGGGAGAAUAGCAAUGUGUAAAAAAGCAUUCGCGUGGGCAUGUUUUAGGUUUUAAAUAGUUUCAAAGCAUUUUUUAUGUUAGCAUUGGUUCAAAUCAAUUCAAGUAGAAUUGAAAAAUAUAUUUAAAAAAUGAUAAAAGAAAGUAUAAAAUAAUUUAUAUAAUUUAUUUUCCACAAAACCUGUAUUGUGAAAGUGUAUUGUGAAAUAGAAUAUACGUGAUAACAAUGUAUUUUAAUAAAAAGUUAAAAUCAUCAUUGGAAGAAAAACAAAAAGAUGAAGAAGAAAGACGAAUGAAAAGAAGGGAACAAUGGCACAGAGAGCAAAGAAUUCUAAGAGAGCAUGAGGAACGAAAAAUAAAGAUGAUCCAAAAUUUUGAAAGGAAUCGGGCUCAAGAAAUUGUUCACAAGCAAAAAUUACAACAAAAUGAAAGUAACAAUCCACAAAGAAGAACUGAUUACAAAUAUCCUGAAGAAUUGAAAAUAUCAUCAUCUAAAUACCAAAGAAGUACAAUUAUUGAAGAAAAAGAGCUAAAGAAAAUCAAAGUAAAAAUUUAUUGUGAAGAAACUCAUAAAACAAGGAAUAAAAACAUAUCAACAGAUAAAAUUGAACGAGAUAUUUGUAAUCCGGAUGACAUAGUUCUUCAAAGAAGAGAAUAUGAAAGCAUUGGCCCCAUCUUUGAGAAAAUAAAAACAGCACAAGAUAAGAUGCAAACCUUGGAAGAUAAGAUGCGAGACAAUAAAUUAGAAAAAAAAGUGUCAGAUGAAGAAAGCAUUGACAUCCGGAAGAAUAAAUCUAUCUACAAAUAUAAGAUAAUCCCUCAAUAUAGAAAGCAAAGUAAGUCGACAAGACAGAAUGAAGAAGAAGAUAGAAAUAAGAAUGAAAGAAGAACUAGCAGUUUAUCACGUUGUAAUAGUGACAUAGCAUCUACUGUUAGAGAUAGAUCGCGUUUUCGCAGAAGCAGAAGUAAUUCGUCUUCAAAUAGAGCUACAAAAGAAGAGCAAGACUUCAAUGAAAAUAAAUUUUCAUCUAGAAGAAACUUCAAUGAAAAUAAAUUUUCAUCUAGAAGAAACUUCAAUGAAAAUAAAUUUUCAUCUGGAUCACAUAAACCGUAUGAUGGAGUAUCGCAUGCAGAAUUAGCCACAAGCUAUCCUUCUUCAUAUAAUUUUUAUGAUACUUGCAUGCGUUUUCCUGGACCGAUGCCAAUGUACAGAAUGCAAACACCGCCCAUGAUGUGGCCUAUCGCGCCACGACCGUUUCCUCCGCCAUUUCCACCGAAUAUGAUUAGGUGGCGACCAAAUCCUCCCAGAUUUUCCAAUGUCGAUAGAGGAUUUUAUAGAAAUUGAUGCCACGUAUAUAAUAGUAAUAGUUUGAAUGAAAAGAAUAUAGUAUAAUUACGUAUAAUUGAGGAAACAAUACAUGUUAUGUUUAAAUUUUAAUUAGUAAGAUAGUGAAUGUAUCCCAAAUAGAUAUAUUUACCCAGAUAGUACCAGAUGUUACCCAGAUAGCUGCAUUAGAUAGAUAUAAAACUAAUCUUAGUAUUAUUAUUACAAUCGAAU